AAUAAGUUUCUCAAGUCCCUGGGCUAUGAUGAUCCAGAGAGGAUACAGUUUGAAGGGACAAGAGAUGAUCUGCUGUACAUGUUCAAGUUUGUAGCUGGCAGAGAAGAGAACAAAGCAGAUGAGAGGGUUCAACUAACAUGCACUGUCAAAUUCAAAGAGUCCAGCCCGUUCAGUUUCUGGUCUAAGAGAUUCUGUGUUCUGUGCGGCUGUCAGCUCCAUGUCUUCUCGUCCAGCACUCCUAAAGGGAAACCCUCUCUCACUCUUGAUCUUGCUGGUGGUAAUGUCAUUGAGUAUGAGACGAAGAAGCACUUGUACUGCGUUCAGAUCAUGUCUUCUAAGAAGACAGUUUUCCUCUCUUUUGAUAGUCGCUAUGAUCAGUCGGUCUGGCUUAAGAGAGCAGCAAAG